CGAUGACAAAUCUGUCAAAUGUAGAAAAAAUCUAGGGAGGAAUUUAAAAUAAAAAUAAAUUUUGCCGUAGAUGAUAAAUUUAGAAAAACAAUUGGACCGAAUUACGGACUCUAGGAAUUCAAUUAUGUUAAAGAUCAUGUGAAUUGCCGCAGUCAAAUGGAGGACGUAUCUCAGGUUUUGAAUUUAUCCAAUAAAAAAUUGAAAAAAAUUAAUAAAUUGCCUUUGGAAGAAUCCCAAAACGUUACAAGUUUGAUACUUGAUGAUAAUGAAUUACAAAGGCUGGACAACAUUGAUUCUUUCCUCAAAGUUCAAAAGCUAUCAAUUGUUCGUAAUCAAUUGCUUCGUAUGUAUGGAGUCUGUAGAUUACAUUCCUUGCAUACCCUAAACUUGGCUCAUAAUGGGAUACUCACCAUUGAAGGUUUAAAAGAACUUGUUAAUUUGAAGUGGCUUUGUUUGGCGGGAAAUAAUAUAAAGACAAUUGAGCAUCUGAACACUAAUACUCAAUUAGAAUAUUUAGAUCUAUCGGAGAAUAGUAUAAUACAUGUAAAUGACAUCUCGUUUUUGAAAUGUCUUAAAGAACUAUACCUUCAUAACAACAAGAUAAAUCAUUUGGUGCAGUGUGAUAGGUUUUUACCUGUAAGCUUGACGAAUCUAACUCUUGCUAACAAUAAUAUUAGUGAUUUGAAUGAAAUAUCUCAGUUAGUGCAUCUUACUAACUUAACAAGCAUCUCGAUUGCUAACAAUCCUUGUGUUAAUAUGAGUGGUAAAAACAUUGGUUUUGACUACCGACCAUUUGUUAUAAAUUGGCUUAUGAAUGUUACAGUUAUUGAUGGAUAUGUUGUUGAUGCUAUUGAAAGCUUGAGGGCUGAAUGGCUAUAUUCUCAGGGAAGAGGAAGGCAUUUUCGGAUAGGCGAUCAUAGUGAACUGGUUCAGUAUCUUGCUAGUGUUUGUCCCCUAAGUGGCGAAGCGCUUGAAACUGAAGAAGACAGAAAACUUCGCCUUAUUUUGAGCAAAGCUCAACAACACCAAAGACAGUUGCGGGAUCAAGAAUCAAAUGGCGAAAGUCCUAAUCCGUCCCCAAUGACAAGGAAAAAACUGAAUAGUUCAAAGAACCACAUUAAACCACCUUCAUCUCGUUACUCCAAAUCCCCUGAUAGGAUGUCAUCAAGCUAUUACAACUCGAAUAGCGUAAGCGAAAGCAGUUUUUCAGUGAUGUCACACAGUAUGGAUCCCAGUUUGUUUUCUCAGUCCUUCAACUCGGAUAAGAACACUACCACCAAUGAUAUGUCUCAAAGUAUGGUAUUGGAAAAAUGCCUAGACUCGGAACCAGUUAAUAGCCCCUUACAAGCACUUUCUAAGAUGGUUCCAGUGCCCGAAUCGCUCAUGAGUCCAGAUUACAGGCCACCGUCCCUGAACAAAAUUAACAGCCCAGCUUCCACUUCAUCGGUGAAAAAUACUCGAUCGCCAGUUGUCAGUGUUAAGGCCAAGAACGUGACAGGUUCGCCUAAGAAUAUAAGGACUCCGGUGUCUAGCCGCUUGAAUUCAGUGAAUUCAAACUUGAAGAAAUGUGCCUCUCCUGUACCGGCAAGGCAUAAAAACGCAACAACUAACGGUUCCAAUAAAUUAGAAUCGACACCAAAGAAACAGCCAACAUCGAUCUUGAGAAAGUCGAUAAGUAGCGACGAUGACUCUGUUUGCGACUCCAAAUUGCAGACUAUUCAGUUGAAAGCGGAGGAGAGAAGGCAGUUGAAGGAUGCCGAUGUGGGGAGUAACAGUAGCACAGAGGAUAAGGUGGAGCAGGCGGCUGUUUGCAUCCAGAAGAUUUGGAGGGGUUACUACACUCGUAAUAAGAAUAAAGAGGUGCAACAGCUAUUCAGAGACCUUCAGAACCAAAGAGCAAAUCAGUAUAUUCAGAAGUUAGCUAGCGAUAUGGAAAAUACGAAAGCUGCACUGGAAAGCGAGAGAAAGAUUCAGAUGUUACAGACUGAAGCUAUAAGUGCCCUAUGGAAAAAAGUUUCAGCUAUCCAACCUGACAACGUCCCUAAAAAUUACUCGCUGAAUGAUCUGAGGAACGAAGAGAACGGAGAAAUAAUUAAACAUCUUGCUCAAACUUGCACAGUUCUUCAAAAUCAGAUACAUCAAUUACAAGCGUCUAUGGAGGAAAUCGUCAAAGUAAUGACAUUGUUCAGUCAAGCUGCUGGACUUAGCCGUCCAUUAAGUGAUAAAGAAAAUGGAAUUGCCACUCAAACUGAAAUUAUUGCUGUACAUACACCUCAGGGUGAAGCAGCCAAAAAUUUCCCAUUUCAGAAACAGACAAGACCUUCGUCACUCCCUUUGCCCGUAAGCGCGAAAAAAAAAGAUAGCUCACAGCAGUCCGGCAAUCAUCUUGUAUCCGAUCUUAGGCAAUUUGCCGGUUCUCUUGUCGAUGGAGUCUUGAAAACGGUUUCGGAGACAAAAGCUGACAAUUUGGGACAAAACACAAUGGAAAUCACUAUUACGGACACUGACCAGAAAAAUGAAGAGAAAAGAGCCGAUGAAAAAUAGUUAUAAGUUGUUAAAAAAUUUUAUUUUUAUUGUGUAAAUAACUGAAAUACUCGUUAUCUAUAAAACAUUUUUUUUUAUUUUUAUCACGUCCGCCAUUUUAUUGGUUAUACUAAAUGAGCUGAAUCAAAUCAAACUUUUUGAUUUUGAUGUUUGCUUCAAUACUCAGGCAACUUCUUGUAACGACAAAGUACAAUUUUUAGUUGUAAGUUUGGGAUGAGCUAAUCGAAUGUGCGUCAAUUAAUAAAGCUUUUGCCAUGUCGCGAAAAGUGAAUGUUUUUAUUACAAUUUUAACAUGUACAAUGUGGAAAAACCACUUAAAAAUCAAUGCCGAUCCUGGAUCUUAUAACUAUCUUGAAAAAUGCACUAUUGUGAAGAGCAGCUUUUUCAUGUGAAUUUUGUAGCUUCAAAUAAUUUAUAAUAUUGCUAUUUAUUCACAAAUAUAUGUCAAUAAAAUU